AUGGAGAUGCAAAAUACACAGCGACAUCAACCGAAAUCAUGGGUCAAGAGUACAAUAAAACCAAGAAUACAGAGUCGACGCAUGAGCUAUAUGGCAGAAUGUAACCAUCACACUCGACCAACCAAAGAGAGGAAGCCAAAAGAGCGUAGCAGCUUAAAAAGAAUGAUGUCCAAGGAAGACGAAAAAACAAAGACAACACCACUUGUCUUCUCCUCCCUCUCCGAUCAGCCUGUGUCCCGUCCACCGUUUUGUCUUCUUGGUCAUGCUCUUGGCGCCAACUUACCGUUGCUGACGCCUUCCAGUUCGACCCGUCCCUGUCGGUCCUAUCUCGUCGCCCUCCCCGUGCCCGCCCGCGUUAUUAACAAGAUAUUUCGCCAGAUUGAUGCCGGCACAAUCUUGUUGCAGCCCUUCCUGCUCCGUGCUUGUCUCCCUCUAACUCUCAUUCAAUUGCUCUACCCGCACAUCCCCGCUCUUACUGGCUCGUCCCUUGACUUAUCACCAUUCCUGUCUGUCCUCAUACCAUCCACCCACCGACGUCGCCUCACACCCGACUAUAUCGACCCCUCUGCACUCCUCCCGUUCCGCCUACCCCUCCCCACCUUUUGGACUUUCCUUGGCCACGCUUUUGGAAACCCCCGCUUCAUCACAAGCUUCCAUGUCGAUUACUACUUCACCACAUCAUAUCUGCUUCCUUUCCCACUGACGUUUGUCCCAUCUGUCACCUUCACCCCAACGAUCUCUCUCACUUCCUAUACAAUUUCCCCGCAAAAUGGGCUGUCUGGUCUUCCGCCUGGCGGAAUUAUAUUACUAUUACUAAAUCAAAUGGAUCUUUCUUACUCCGCAUAUGUUUCUUACUUUGACUAUAAUGCAAUAUUCUCUGAUUUGCAGAUGAAAAUCCAGCAAUCUUUUCAGCAACAGCAACACAUCGUUACAGACCAUAUUAAUGACAACUACAACAAUUGCAGCAACUUAACCAAGAUUAUGUAUUGCAAAAGCUGUGACGGAAAACGAAAAAACAAAGACAGCGACGAAAUGGAACUCGCCAAAAAGAGCUACAGCUUCCACCCUCCCAACGUAACACCAUCCGUCUCCACAAACAAACCAAGGAUCAAUGGUGAUGAUGCGAGGAAACUCAAUGAUCAUUUUGUGGCGGUAAUUGGUCCCCAUUCUGGCGAUGAAACUUUGGAUUGUACUAGACAAGAAUAUGAACUCAACAUGGAAGAACAACGAGUGCUACAUUGCUUCAAAAAAACGGCAGUCGUUUACUUAAAGUCUAGGACUGACAAAGUUGAACGUGUGAUGAUUGAAUGCUCAGGGGAAGAAGACGGAAAUCAUACCGAAGGAGAUACUCUGAAAUUGAUGAAAUAUACUAGCAGCUGUUUGAAGAACGAAAUAAAUCAAUUCAAAUACGCAUCUUGGACAACAUUUGGACGACGACGCAUAUUUGCUGUACGAUGUAUUGGGAAUAAACUGACUUUACUAUCAACCAGUCGUAUGGGAAUUGGGAAAUGGUGCUUUGUGAAGAUGCGGUCUCCAAUUGUAUCAAGGGACUGGGAAGACCGAUACUACUUGAAUCGUUUGAUGGAAUUAUUGAUGAAACUAAAGGAAAUGCCGCUUGAACAAGAAGAAGCAACUAUGGUUUUGAAGCAACAAAAAUCAGGGCGGUCUCCUGUAGAUACCAAGGAUACAAUCAAAGCGAUCAGUCGAUCAGGUCAAGCAAUAAAGGAAUUGUAG